ACCAGCAGGACACCAGAAGAGGCCAUACUGGUGCUAGUGGAUUCAAGCUCCUCCAUGAAUGAGACAUGCUAUGAUUCCGAUGACAAAAUAACACGGUUGGAUGCUGUUAAACAGCUCUUCGAUAACUUCGCAACUAGAAGCAUGGCGUACAAUUUUCAUCAUGUCAUUGGCUUGGUGAAGUUUGACUCAUCAGUUAAAACUCUCCACACAUUUACAGAGAAUCUGGAGACCUUUAAGGAACACGUACACAAUCUGGAGGCCAAUGGAUGCACUGUGCUGUAUGAUGCCUUGAAACGUGGCAUGUCUCAACUGAAACAAGUUGGAGAGCAAUUUCCAGACUGCAGACUUCGCAUCAUAUGUCUCACAGAUGGGAAUGAUGAUGGGUCAAUGACUGAACCAGAUGCUGUCACAACCAAACUGAUGAGCCUGAACAUUGUUGUUGAUGCCAUCGUUGUUGGAAAGGUGGACAACAACAUGCUGCAUGGAAUCAGCAAUGCAACAGGAGGGUGUUGUUUUAAACCAGAGACGAGUAAAGCUGGUCUGAAGCUCUUUGAAAUGGAAACCGUUCUGUCUUUGGAGAUGAGGAAGCUGAAGAAGAAAUUGGACCCAUCCUACAUUAAGAGCGAGAGCAUUCUAGUUGCUCUCUUCGCCAACCAAGGUUAUGACGAGAAGCCAGAGGUUGCUCUGCCAAGUCAACUAAACGAUAAAGUGACCUUAACAGAGAAGUAA